AAAUACUGGGAAUAUUUUGUACAUAAAAGUGCUGACUUAAAUAGCAUCUAGAUCUUGCAGCACUCCGAAGCUUCUCCUUCACAGCCUCUUUCUCUCUCCUCUCUCUCAAGAGAUGAAUAAGGUGAGAGAAAACAACACAAGAGGAAGAGAGAUCACAAGAUGAAAGCUCAUUGCAUCAUCACCAUUUUCAUGCUCCUCUUCCUCACAUUUGUUGCAGAUUCCAAAUUCAUCAAUGAAGAGAAACACAACAACAGGAAGAGGAUUCUGCACCAACCAUUCUUCCCAAUCACUUCCUCUCCGCCUCCUCCGCCUCCGUCUCCGCCUCCGCCCGGCCAAGACCAGCCCUUCUUCCACUCACUCCCAGUGGAUCAGAGCCACCAAACUCCACCACCAUCACCACCAGCACCGCGGCAGAGCAAUUCGAUCAAGAAACUUGCCAUCGGAGUCUCCUCCGCGAUGCUGGCGCUGGCGAUGGUGUCGGCCGUGGCGUUCGUCGUCCACAGCCGCCGCGUCAAGAAACGACACGAAUCGCAGAAGCUCGUUGGAGGGGACGAGGGGCCGGCAUUGCCCCCGCCCUCCAACUUCCUCUACAUCGGCACGGUGGAGCCAUCCGCCGCGAGUGUGCUCAGCGAGGCCGGGACAGAUGAUGCCUCGGCCUCGCCCUACAGGAAGCUGAACUCGGCCAAGCGAUUCAGUCGCUACAGGCCGAGUCCAGACCUGCAGCCUCUGCCGCCGCUGACUAAGCCGCCCCCUCCUCCUCCGGCCAUCAGCUCGCCGCCUCCAAUGUCGUCCUCCGACGACGAGAGCCACGACACCGUCUUCUACACGCCACAAGGCUCGUCGGUGAGCCAUGGGUCGCCUAGCUCGCGCCACAGCCACACGAGCCACAGCAACAGAGUAGCUCAUUCAAAGAGAAGUUCACCUAAGUCACGCCUCUCAGCAUCAUCUCAGGAUACAAAGCCGGUCAUCAUACCCUCAAUCAAGCCGCCUUCUCCGCCACCACCGCCGCCAAAUUCUCACAAAAGGAACAAACUUGCACGUCCCCCACCGCCUCCUCCUCCUCCUCUGCCGCCGCCGUUAUCAUCAAUCGCAAUAAAAUACGGAGAUGUACAACAUUCCAAACCACCAACAUUUUCCAAUAAAGUGAUAAAACCAGAGACAAUGAGUCCUAGUCCCAAAUCAACUUUCACUGACAGUUCAACAGUGAAAGUAGAUGUAGAGGACCCUAGUGGAUCCAAACCAAAACUCAAGCCUCUGCACUGGGACAAAGUACGAGCCACCUCGGACCGAGUCACAGUUUGGGACCAGUUGAACUCCAGCUCCUUCCAGUUAAAUGAGGAUGCCAUGGAGUCCCUUUUCGGGUUCAAUUCUGCGAAUUCAGUUCCAAAAGAUGCAACUAAAAAGUCAGCCACGGAGCAGGAGAUCAGAGUGUUGGAUCCGAAGAAGUCCCAGAACAUCGCCAUCCUGUUACGCGCGUUGAAUGUCACCAGAGAAGAGGUUGCUCAAGCACUUCUAGAUGGAAAUACAGAGGAAUUGGGUCCUGAGCUGUUGGAGACUUUGGUGAAGAUGGCACCAACCAAGGAGGAAGAGAUCAAACUUAAAGACUGCAAGGCUGAAAGCUCGAAACUGGGAUCAGCAGAGCGAUUCCUCAAGGCAAUUCUUGAUAUUCCGUUCGCCUUCAAAAGAGUGGAGGCCAUGCUUUAUAGAGCCAACUUCCACACAGAAGUAGCUUACCUGAGAAACUCUUUUCAAACACUGGAGGAAGCAAGUGAAGAAUUGAAGAAUAGCCGCAUGUUCCUAAAGCUGCUUGAAGCUGUUCUACGGACAGGGAACCGCAUGAAUGAUGGCACGAAUCGUGGCGAUGCAAGAGCCUUCAAAUUGGACACAUUGCUAAAACUAGUAGACGUAAAAGGAACAGAUGGUAAGACAACCUUACUUCACUUUGUUGUCCAAGAGAUAAUCAGAUCAGAAGGCACGGAUUCGGAUCCAGCAAGUGAAAUUACAACAAAUUUCAAGUCUAAAGAAGAGGAGUUCAAGAAGCAAGGACUGCACAUCGUGUCCGGGCUGAGUAAAGAGAUCGGCAGUGUCAAAAAGGCAGCAGGAAUGGACUCGGACGUACUUAGCAGCUACGUCUCUAAGCUUGAAAUGGGACUCCAAAAGGCCAGUUCGGUCAUGCAAUACGAGAGGCAAAGCACUCCAGGAAAAUUCUUUAGUUCAAUGAAAGAGUUUCUUGAAGAGGCUACUGAUGAAAUCGCGAGAAUCAAGGCUGAAGAGAGGAAAGCAUUGUCACUAGUGAAAGAGGUGACAGAGUAUUUUCAUGGAAAUGCUGCGAAAGAGGAGGCUCAUCCGUUCAGGAUUUUCAUGAUCGUACGAGACUUUCUCGCUAUACUGGAUAACGUGUGCAAAGAUGUCAGUAGGAUGCACGAUAGAGCAACGGUAGGGGCAGGGAGAUCGUUCAGGAUACCAGCAAACGCAUCGUUGCCAGUGCUCGAUAGAUAUCACACAAGUCAGGGGGAAGAUAGCACCUGUUAAUCGAUCUACGGAUGAAGAACAGCCACAUUUGAUCACAGGAUGCUUAUGAAGUAGCAAAAUCACAGAAUGACAGAACAAGCAUCAUGUACAGCCACAUACCACACCAUGAAAGUGCAAAAUCAAUUGAAAUUUACAGAAGGAAAGAGCUCAAACAAGCAGCUGGGAAUGUGGAAAUUUUGAACGAUAUGUAUAGCUACAAUAUCUAGCAAGCAUGUGAAAUCAAUAGGAAAGAGGAGCUUUAUGAAUUAGUUUACGCUUUCUUCUAAACAAUAGGGAUUCAGAUGAACAAUCUUCUUUCACUUUAUAUACACAUAUAAUGUUAUUUUCAA